AUGAAUUACAUCUACUCCACAGUUAACACCAUACGGGAUCGUUAUACACCCGUCUCUCACAAGUCAACCUUCCGCCAGACCGGUCAAAUCACACCUGAAGAGUUCCUCGCUGCGGGCGACUACCUUGUGUACAAGUUCCCGACCUGGUCUUGGGGCGAUGCAGACUCUCCUGAGCAGCGAGUGAGCCAUCUUCCUCCCGGAAAGCAGUUCCUCGUCACACGCAACGUUCCUUGCCACCGACGCCUGAACGAUGACUUUGCAGGCGACGCUGGCCAUGAGGAAGCUCUCGUCAACGACGGCGACGACUUCAAGGGCGCUACUGGCGACGAUGAUGAUGGUUGGCUGAGGACCGGUGGUCUGGCUAGUUCCCAGCCGCUGAAGGUCAAGGAGGUGAGGACGGUGGAUGACUCCGGAAAUGUCGGUGAUCGAGAGGUUGUCGAGGAUGAUGAUGAAAUCCCUGACAUGGAGGAUGAAGACGACGACGAGGCUAUUAUUCGCGAUCCUGGCGCUGAUUCCAAGAACAGCGCUCACCGUACAUACACGCUCUACAUCAUGUACUCCCCCUACUACCGAACACCCCGUCUGUAUCUCUCAGGCUAUCUCGCCAGCGGCCAGCCGCUCCCCCCUAAUGAUAUGACAGAGGACAUUGUCGGUGACUACAAAGACAAGACAGUGACACUUGAGGACUUCCCCUUCUUCGCCAACAACAUCAAGAUGGCCUCUGUGCAUCCCUGUAAGCACGCCUCAGUCAUGAAGACACUACUCGACCGUGCCGAUGCGGCUCUUCGCCUGCGCCGUGAGAAGCUCCGUGCCGGCAACAACCAGACACCGUCUGGUAUGGAGGGUCUGGUAGACGAGAUUGGAAAGUUGGAUAUCAAGGGCGCUCAAGAGGCAGCGGACAAGGAUGAGUGGGAGGAGGUCCAGGAGACCGAGAUCGAUGAUCAAGAGGUUGCUAUUCGAGUGGAUCAGUACCUAGUUGUAUUCCUCAAGUUCAUGGCCAGUGUGACACCUGGUAUCGAACACGAUUUCACCAUGGGCCACAUCAUAGCUGAUUCCACUCCUGAUGGAAGUCCUCUCCUCUAUCCACCAACCAUGUCACAGGAGCAGUUUCAGGACACACUCAACAAGGCCUGCGAGGCCGCUGUUAAAAAGGCUUUGAGCGGUCUAGACACCCAUAUCAACGAGGUUGUCAACUCCCGCAGUGAGGAACUUGGCAUUUCUGUCGCCACCUAUGUCUCCUCCCAUCUUGAGAAGGUUUUGAACGAUGCGCUCCUGGACCACUAG